AUGCUCGAAAUCUCCUUCGUGUUCACGCUUUUGCCUUCACAGUACUACCAACGAAAAGUUGUCGAGCGUCACUUGCUCAGAGAGCGCGAUGCACGCAGUAGCAUCGGUCCCUCCAAGUGGAAGCAAUCGGACUUGACGGAUGAGCAAGAAGCCACUGUCGAUAAUGCUUUCUCCAAACGAGGUGUUGUGUCAACCAUCACCGGGGCCGAAGUCAACCACUCGGAUCUCGCCAAGCUCCGUCCGCGGCAGUGGCUCAACGACGAAUCCAUUAAUUUCCAUGGGCUGCUAGUUCUGAACAGAUCCAAGCAGGCAUUCGAGGAACGUGAGAAGGCCCUCAAAGCUGGUAAGAAACCAGACGUACAGUGGCGAGCAUUUUGGGAUAUACACUUUUUCAAUUCGUUCUUCUAUGCCAAGCUGGAGAAGGCCGGCUACAGCGCUGUCAAGCGGUGGACUCGCAAAGUUCACCUCUUCAGUAAAGACAUUGUGUUGUUCCCAGUCAAUUUGGGCAACGCGCACUGGGUGACCGGUGCCAUCAACUUUCGACUGAAGCGGAUCGAGUAUUACGACUCGAUGCACACAUCGAACAGAUCAUUCUUUCUCGUCAUGCGCGAGUAUCUCGAGGAGGAGUCUUUGGAUAAGAGAAAGACGGAGAUGGACUGGACCGGGUGGCAAGAUUACACACCUACCGAUUUUCCUUACCAGUCGAAUGGCUAUGACUGCGGCGUCUUUACCAUCUCCACUAUCGAGCAACUCACGAGAGAUGGCGCAGCGGAGGACGACGAGGACUAUGCCUGGAAUUUUACCGAGCGAAACAUGCCGUAUCUACGCAGGCGCACGGUGUAUGAAAUCGUCAAGAAGCAGUUGCUUGAAUAG